AUGAAGAAGAGCAAGAAGAUUUUCAUCAAGAAGAACAGCAAGCCCGGCAAGAGUGGUGGCCCAGUCAUCAAGAAGAAGCCCGGUGCCGGGCCCACGACAUUGAAGGAUGCCGUCGAGGGCAUCAAGAAGUCGUCCAUGGACAAGGACAACAUGUGGGACGACCAGUCGGCCGAAGAGGACAACGGUGCGGGCUCAUCCACGGACUCGAAGAGAGACAAAGGGAAAGCGGAAAAAUUCACGAAGAUGAGGUUGGCAGGGAGUUUACCACCAUAUGUGGUUGACUUGUAUGAUAAUGCUGCCAACCAGAAAGAAUCCCCUCGCCAAUUCCGCACGGAGAUUAUCAACACCUUGUUCAAGAGGAACCCCAAGACCGGGCGGUACAGCUUGAUUGACGACCAGCCGUUAUUCACCGAGGCGAAACGAGUUUGGGAGAAAAAGUUCGGCACCGAUGGCAAGGAGAGCUACACCAAGCUCGUCAUGCGAGGACUUUUCUUCGGAAACUCGGAGUCAGCUAUGAAUGCAGCAAUUGAGGCUGGAGAGGUCACCGAGUUCAAGUCCAAGGACGGAACGUGUUUCUACUCAUUCCGCAAAAUGACAGCUGGUGUUGAAACCGGACAAGAGAGCAGCCUGGGCUACACGAAGCAGGCCAAGGGCACCCAGCAGCAAGCGGACAUGCUGGAGGCAAUGUUCGACAAGCUCGAUUGGAGCAUGCCCUACAAGGGUACCGAUGCCCUGGUGGUUGAGCCUGGCAAGAAGCUGCCGAAGCCCAUGGCGGCCUUCUUGGAGAAGGCGGUGGCCACACAGAUCCGCUUGGGUGGCGAGACCAUGAG